UUUUAAUAAAAAAUUACUCCAAAGUGUAAAACAUAAAUUUAUACACGAACACGAAAAAAAAUAGCACCAAUCGUUUUGGGUUUUUGCUUUGCUGGCUUGAGACCUUUUAAUGACCACAAACACCGCGAAAACUAACAAAUGGCUGAACCAGGUGAACUUCCGUUAAACCCCUUGGGUACCCUCGUUGCGCCUGUUUAUGGAUCCGAGACCGGUCAUUCAGCUGCCGGAAAGCGCCGCCGGGAGGAAUAUUCUCCGGGUGUGAUGUCACCGGUGGGCGAUGGAGAUGAGACGGCAUCCAAGCGGCGGGUCAAGGGCCAGGACGUGCUGUUCAGAAUCGUUGUUCCGUCGAGGCAGAUUGGCAAGGUCAUUGGUAAAGAGGGUUGCAGAAUACAGAAGAUUCGGGAGGAGAGCAAAGCCACUAUCAAAAUCGCCGACGCUGUAGCGCGACAUGAAGAAAGAGUGGUUAUUGUAAAUUCAAAGGAUAGUGACAACUCGGUUUCAGAUGCUGAGAAUGCUCUACAGCAAAUUGCGAGUUUGAUUCUGAAGGAGGAUGAUAGCACUGCAGAGGCAUCCAAAGUUGGGGCUGGACAUGUGGCUGCGAAUACAAUCAGGCUUUUGAUUGCUGGGUCGCAAGCAGGUUCUUUAAUUGGGAUGUCUGGUCAGAAUAUCGAGAAAUUAAGGAACUCAUCUGGUGCUUCUAUUACCGUUCUGGCUCAGAAUCAGUUGCCUUUGUGUGCUUCUGCUCAUGAAUCUGAUCGAGUUGUACAAAUAUCAGGUGAUGUUUCUGCAGUUUUGAAGGCUUUAGAGGAGAUAGGCUGUCAACUAAGGGAAAAUCCUCCUAGACAAGUCAUAUCUAUCAGUCCAGCUUAUAACUAUACUACAGUCCGACCGCAUCCACCUUACAUGGACCCAUCAUCAGCUGAUUAUGUAACUUUCGAGAUGGUAAUAUCAGAAACCCUGGUUGGUGGUUUGAUUGGAAGGUGCGGCUCUAACAUAUCAAGGAUUAGGAAUGAAUCUGGAGCAACUAUCAAGGUUUAUGGUGGGAAAGGUGAACAAAAUCAGAGACAAAUUCAGUUUGGUGGGAGCAUCCAACAGGUUGCACUGGCCAAGCAGAGAGUUGACGAAUACAUAUAUUCUCAGUUGAUCCAACCAGCUGGCGCUCAACAAGCAAGCAGAGCAACAAUACUGAGACAAUGAAGGGUGGACCUAAGAACUUGGACCAUGAAUUCAGUUGUAUACUUCAUGAUAAUUAUCCUUGUAUUUUCAAGUCUUGCAUUGCAGUUUGCUGGCCGAUGCGGUUUCCGCCUCUACCUUGAUUUCUGAUAUGUGAAAUUAGUUGUUAUAACAUCAAAUAAUUGUACUUGAAACAUUGUUUGCCUUUUAGAGGAUACUUUGAUUGUUUUUUUUUUCUUUUUCUUUUGGGUCUGUACAUUCACAGAAGGUAUUUGAUCCUUAAUCAAACAACUAAUGAGCAAAUAGAAACUGACCUUUUGGAGUAUAUUUUAAAA